AUGGGUAACUUGGAUCUCUCAAGUCGGCUCAGUGGGAGAUGGCUGAUCACUGUGAUCACUGUCGCAAAUGCUUGCUCAAUGGCAUGGUUUGGGUAUGAUCAAGGAGUCUUCUCAGGAGUCUUGAUCUCAGCCGACUUCAAGAAACACUUCCCACAGACGAAAGAGUCGAAUAUCUCUGGCAUUACAUCCAGUUGUUUCUCUCUUGGGGCCUUUUUCGGUGCUAUAUUUGCUUUUACUCUCGGCGACAGGCUCGGUCGGAAGAAGACAAUUGCUCUCGGCUUGGUGUGCAAUACCAUUGGUGCGGUCCUCCAGAUUGUCUCCUGGCAUUUCCCACAGCUGAUCAUCGGCCGUAUCAUCAAUGGCUUUGGUAUGGGAUUGACCUCUUCCACGUGCCCUGUGUACCAAGCUGAGUGCUCCAAACCACGAGUUCGUGGAAAGCUCGUGGUAGUGGGGUCUCUCUCCAACACGGCAGCCUUCUGCCUGGCCAACUGGAUGAAUUAUGGUUUAUUCUUUCAAGGCGAGGCACUGCAAUGGAGGUUCCCUUUGGGAUUUCAACUCAUAUUCCCAUGCAUCGUGGUGGUGGCACUGAUAUUUGUUCCCGAGUCCCCGAGGUGGCUUUUGCUCAAGGAUCGACACGAGGAGGCGCUUGCAGUACUCGCGAGACUGGAGGGUAAGAAUAAGGACGUUCACGAUCCAGACGUGGCUGCUCAAUUCCUAUCCAUACGGUCGGCACUUGAGGUUGAGCGCCAAAGUCAGGUACCGCUGGCGGAUGUCUUGAUGUGCCGCGACAAGACACAAAACCUCCGGCGGCUGCUCUUGUCUUGUGGUACUCAGUUCAUGCAGCAGUUCAGCGGUGUAAAUGCGCUUGGAUAUUAUCUUCCAACUCUUUUGCAGGAAAGUGUCGGACUCGGAGAAGAGGAGAGUCGCUUGCUCACUGCUGUCAAUGGCACGACGUAUCUAUUCGCUGCGUUUUGUUGUUUGGUAAUCAUUGAUCGUUUUGGGCGUCGCAAGCUAAUGCUAUAUGGCUCGAUAACUAUGGGCGCAUGCUAUCUCGUUGCGGCAAUGUGUCUUCGAACAGGCGAGGGUGACCCUUUACGAAAGCAAUUGAUGGGACGUGUGACCACUGCUAUGUUCUUUUUGUAUUACUUCUUCUAUGGAACAAGUUUUGCCAAAGUCCCCUGGGUCUAUAACUCCGAGGUGAACUCACUCGGAUGGCGCACCCGAGGCGCUGCCGCGGCCACAGCAACAAACUGGAUGGGCGGAUUUAUCGUGACGCAGUUCACGAGUGUUGGUGUCAAUAAUCUACAUUGGCGGUUUUAUCUAAUUUUCGCCAUCAUUGCCUGGUCGUUCUUCCCCAUCAUCUUCUGUUUCUAUCCGGAAACUUCCCGACGCAGCUUGGAGGACAUGGACGAAAUUUUCAUCCAACAUCCCUCGCCGAUUGUAUGUGGCAAGCAAGAGUUGACCCAACGUAAGCGACCACAGACAUUUGUCGACGCGGAAAGGGAUCGUAUCUUGGACACACAAUUUGGAGAAAAGGUUAAAGGGGCAACGACAGCACAUUACGAGCAUGUCUAG